CCGUGAUCAGUUCGGUAUUGAAACUCAUCGAGACAAUAAUGUUGCGGCUUUUUGUGAUUUCCAUAGCUAUUUUGGCGGAAGCUUUAGCUUCUCCUACCGAUAGUGGGCUGUCUUUGAGAAGAGGUGAGCCUUGUCCCCAUAUGCUAAACUAUCCGGAGAGUAAGUGCGCGUAUAAUUGUCCGCAGAUUAAUGAGCUCGUGGAGAAGGGCUUUAUCACAGAGGUGGUUAAAUGCAAUAUUGAUAGCAUUUGUUGUCCCACCUCAAUGCUCCAAUCGGGAGGCACCACCUCAUCAACUAAUUCUGUUGAUAGAGUGCCAUUAUUUCCCAAAUCCAGAUCGAAUUUUAAUACCAGUUCCGGGUUUGUGUUCAAGUUCCCGCCUUUGGCUGAACUUAGGUACAUCACUAGCUCACAUGAUGAACAUCAGUACAGAUGUACAGCUUUAUUGAUUCGCGAGAAUUAUGUUCUAACAUCGGCUGGGUGUGUCGGCAACGAUCCUAUCGAGAGACCCGAACAUGUAUGCUUUGGAAAUUGUCAUAAUCUUACCAAGGCAGCCAAAAGAAAUAUAUCACACGAGAUUAGUCACGCUUCAAAAUACAGAUUCAAUAAUGAUCUUUCCCUCCUUAACUUUGAUGGCGGCUUGAAUUCUUCUGAAAUUCCUGUUAUUUGUAAAAAAAGAGAUUUGGAACACGCCGCCCGACUUGUAGCCGUUGGUUUCACCCGAAGAGAAGAAAACUGCAAUCUAUUCCAAGAGAAUAUAGAAAUAAUGCCAUUCGAGCAUUGCCAAAAUCUGGAAAAUAAUUUCAAGGUCGAGGGUAUAGACGGUGAUAAGGAUACCCAUUUCUGUGCCAGGCCCAUUAACAUGAAAAAGAAUGAUCUAGGAUCCUGUACUCGAUGCCUACGCGGCAGUGCCAGUGUCCUGUUUGCCAUUCUAUCGGACUACAGUCAUUGUGUUUUGGGCAUAGCCACGCCCACAAUCAGUAGCUGCUACUAUAGCUCGGCGGUACUGUACUACACCAGUUUAUUGAAUCCGGAUGUCACGAACUUUAUUAAAUCAGCGAAAUGA